AUGUCUAAUGUAUGGAGGGAUAUUUGUGCAAUUGGCAAUGCAGAUUCGGCACUUGGAUUCUCUAUUCAAGAGGGGUUCAAGGUGCAGGAGGAGGUCUUAUGCAACUGUCGUGGAGUAGGGGCCAGUGGUGAUUGGAAUUUGAUGUUUAGUGGCAUACUAAGGGUUCGGGAAUCACAGCAACUCGAGGUUUUGAAACAAAGAUUGGAUGGAGUGACGCUAGAUCCCUCAAAGCAUGAUCUGUUACAGUGGAUUUGGACAGCCGAUAAAGUCUUCUCGGUAAAAUCAGUUUAUAGACAAUGGGAAACCCAGACUCAGUCACGGAAUGCUUUACUUGGUUCGUUGUGGAAGAAUCUGAGUCCCCCCAAAGUGGAAAUUUUCUCCUGGAUGGCCAUCCAAAAUAGAGUUGCUACAAGGUCGAUACUUUUCGAAAGGAAUUUAAUUUCUGAUCUUCAUUUGGCAAAGUGCCCUCUGUGUGAUUUGCAUGUGGAAACACCUCAACAUUUACUCUUACACUGUCAAUUUUCGUGGGUGGUAUGGUCUGAAAUUCUGGCUUGGUGGAACAUUCAAUGGGUAUGCCUGUCUUCUAUAGCAGAGUUAUCUCUAUGGUGGUUUGGGAACACGUUUCGAAACUUGGAGAAAUAUAUCUGGGAAGUAUGUUUCUUUGCUACACUUUGGUCUAUCUGGCUGAUAAGGAACGGGUUUAUUUUCAAUGGGGCAACACAACAGGCUUCAGAAGUGGCGGAUUUAGUUAAAACAAGAGUAGCUAUGUGGAUGAAAGCUAAGUUCGACAUCAAGAUCUACACUGUGGAGGAUUUCAAAGGUUAUUUGAAUGAGAUUCGAAAAGUGAAGGUGUAG